AUGGCAGAAACGGCCCCCAAUGGCCCCCAAGGGGCUGGCGCAGUGCAAUUUAUGAUGACCAAUAAAGUGGACACAGCCAUGUGGCUUUCUCGCUUGUUCACAGUUUACUGCUCUGCUUUGUUUGUUCUGCCUCUUCUGGGGUUGCAUGAAGCAGCAAGCUUUUACCAACGUGCUUUGCUGGCAAAUGCUCUUACUAGUGCUCUGAGGCUGCACCAAAGAUUACCACACUUCCAGUUAAGCAGAGCAUUCCUGGCCCAAGCUUUGUCAGAGGACAGCUGCCACUACCUGUUGUAUUCCCUCAUCUUUGUCAACUCCUACCCGGUUACAAUGAGUAUUUUCCCUGUCUUGUUAUUCUCUUUGCUUCAUGCUACCACAUAUACUAAAAAGGUCCUUGAUGCAAAGGGUUCCAAUAGUUUGCCUCUACUGAGAUCUGUCUUGGAUAAACUAAGCACUAACCAACAGAAUAUUCUGAAAUUCAUUGCUUGUAAUGAGAUUUUCUUGAUGCCUGCUACAGUUUUUAUGCUUUUUAGUGGUCAAGGAAGUUUACUACAGCCUUUUAUAUACUACAGAUUUCUUACUCUUCGGUAUUCCUCUAGAAGAAAUCCAUAUUGCCGGACAUUGUUUAAUGAGCUGAGGAUUGUUGUUGAACACAUAAUAAUGAAACCUGCUUGCCCGCUGUUUGUGAGAAGACUUUGUCUCCAGAGCAUCGCCUUUAUAAGCAGACUGGCACCCACAGUUGCAUAA